GUUACCUUGACCAAAUGUAAUUCCACGCCUGGCCUAUUUGAAGUUUGAAAUUAUGAAUUUGUUCAUCUGAGUCAAAUUCACUGACUACGGCGCGUGUUGUCUUUCCACUCGAUCUGCGUCUACUCGUGGUUAACAGGUUCUAUCCUACGUAUCCACGUAAUUAAUUUCUCGAAUACAUAACUAUGGCCACUUUCGAAGAUGAUGAUUUUGUUACUGGCGAGUCUGGAGCUUCAAAGACAGAGCCAAAACAAUGUAGCUCAUUGAGAAAAGGUGGAUACGUCGUUAUAAAGGAUCGCCCUUGUAAAAUUGUGGAAAUGACAACUUCAAAGACUGGAAAGCAUGGCUCAGCAAAAGUGCACUUAGUGGCAAUUGACAUCUUCACUAGCAAGAAGUAUGAGGAGAUAUGCUCGUCAUCCCACACUAUGAAUGUACCGAUCAUCACACGCAAAGAAUACCAAUUGAUGGAUAUAAAGGAUGGAUUCUUGACACUUAUGGGUGAUGAUUUCAGUGUAUUUGAAGAUAUACCUCUUCCUGAUAAUGAAGUUGGCAAAGAUAUUCAAGAGAAAUGGAAUUCGAAGGGAGAUUCGGACAAUGUGAUCGUUUCUGUUGUUACCGCUAUGGAUGAGCAACAAGCUCACGCAGUUCGUACUUCCUCAGAUAAAUAGACAGAACACUUGAAUAAAUUUUUCACACGACUAAGUAAAUUUUUAUUACAUAUUCGAAAGCAAGGUAUGUUGAUUGUUUCAAUAUACUUCGGAUCAUGAA